AUGGAACCAAUAACAUUCACAGCAAGGAAGCAUCCGCUCCCUAAUGAGGUGUCCGUGGACUUCGGCCUCCAGCUGGUGGGCUCCUUGCCUGUACAUUCUCUGACCACCAUGCCCAUGCUGCCUUGGGUCGUGGCAGAGGUACGGAGACUCAGCACAUCCAGAAAGGAGCCUGUUACCAAGCAAGUCCGCCUUUGUGUUUCACCCUCUGGCCUGAAAUGUGAACAGGAGCCAGGAAAAAACCAACAAUGGGAUCCACUGAUCUGUCCCAGCAUAUUUGAGUGUAAGCCUCAGCAUGUUCACAAACUGAUUCACAACAGUUACGACCCAAGUUACUUUGCUUGUCUGAUUAAGGAAGAUGCUGACAGCCAACAGAGUAUCUGCUAUGUGUUUAAAGCUGAUGAUCAGACAAAAGUGCCUGAGAUCAUCAGCUCCAUCAGACAGGCUGGGAAGAUCGCCCGCCAGGAGGAGCUCCAUUGCCCAUCGGAGUUUGAUGAUACGUUUGCCAAGAAGUUCGAGGUGCUCUUCUGUGGCCGAGUGACGGUGGCACACAAGAAAGCCCCCCCAGCGCUGAUAGACGAGUGCAUCGAGAAGUUCAAUCACAUCAGUUGUAGCCGUAAAGCAGAAUUUGACCAGCUGUCCCAAAACUCUGCAGGGGGAUUCUCCUUAACAAAUAGAGUCCGCUCUGUGUUCCAGCCGGUGGGUCAUGAGGAACAGGGCGGGAGACCUAUGCGGAAAUCUUUCUCCCAGCCUGGACUUUGCUCCUUGGCCUUUAAGAAGGAACUUCAAGAUGGAAGCCUAAGAAGUAGUCGUUUUUUCAGUUCCUUUGAGGAAAAUGAUAUUGAGAAUCACCUCAUUAGUGGACACAAUAUUGUGCAGCCAACAGAUAUUGAGGAAAAUCGAACUAUGCUCUUCACGAUUGGCCAGUCUGAAGUUUACCUCAUCAGCCCUGACACCAAAAAAAUAGCAUUUGAGAAAAAUUUUAAGGAGAUAUCAUUUUGCUCUCAGGGUAUUCGACAUGUGGACCACUUUGGGUUUAUCUGCAGAGAGUCUUCGGGAGGUGGAGGCUUUCAUUUCGUCUGUUACGUGUUUCAGUGCACAAAUGAAGCUCUGGUGGAUGAGAUUAUGAUGACCCUGAAGCAGGCCUUCUCCGUGGCUGCGGUGCAGCGGACCUCCAAGACCCCCGCUCAGCUGUGUGAGGGCUGCCCUGUGCAGAGCCUGCACAAACUCUGCGAGAGGAUAGAGGGAAUGAGUACUUCCAAAACCAAACUAGAACUCCAGAAGCACCUCACAACCUUAACUAACCAGGAACAAGCAAUGGUUUUUGAGGAGGUUCAGAAACUGAGACCAAGAAAUGAGCAGCGGGAGAAUGAAUUGAUUAUUUCUUUCCUGAGAUGUUUAUAUGAAGAGAAACAAAAAGAUCACAUUCACAUUGGAGAGAUGAAGCAGACAUCACAGGUUUCUGCAGAGACUAUUGGAAGUGAAUUACCACCUAGCGCCACACGAUUUAGGCUAGAUCUGCUGAAAAACAAAGCGAAACGAUCCCUGACAGAGUCUUUAGAAAGCAUUUUGUCCCGGGGUAACAAAACCAGAGGCCUACUGGAACAUUCUGCGAGUGUGGAUCUCGACAGCUCCGUGUCCAGCACGCUAAGUAACACCAGCAAAGAGCCAUCUCUGUGUGAGAAGGAGGCCUUGCCCGUGUCCGAGAGCUCCUUCAAGCUCUUGGGUUCCUCGGAUGACCUAUCCAGUGACUCGGAGAGCCAGCUCACCGAAGAGCCUGCUCAGCUCUCACCACAGCAGGGCUUCCGGAGGCGAGCCAACACCCUGAGCCACUUUCCCCUGGAAAGUCAGGAACAUCCGGAACCUUCCGAGGUGUCUCCCGGGGUCUCGCAAAGGAAACUUAUGAGGUAUCACUCAGUGAGCACAGAGACACCUCAUGAGCGAAAGGACUUUGAAUCCAAAGCAAACCACCCAGGUGACACCAGUGGGACCCCCGUGAGGACACGAAGGCAUUCGUGGCGGCAGCAGAUCUUCCUCCGAGUGGCCACCCCACAGAAAGCAUGUGAUUCUCCUAGCAGAUAUGAAGAUUAUUCAGAACUGGGAGAACUUCCCCCACGGUCUCCUUUAGAAACAGUUUGUGAAGAUGGGCCCUUUGGCCCUGCUCCAGAGGAAAAGAAAAGGACCUCUCGCGAGCUCCGAGAUCUGUGGAAGAAAGCUAUUCUGCAGCAGAUACUGCUCCUGAGAAUGGAGAAGGAAAACCAGAAGCUAAAAGCCUCAGAAAAUGAUUUGCUGAACAAGCGCCUGAAGCUGGAUUAUGAAGAAAUCACUCCUUGUCUUAAAGAAGUAACUAUGGUGUGGGAAAAGAUGCUAAGCACUCCAGGAAGAGCCAAAAUUAAGUUCGAUAUGGAAAAAAUGCAUUCAGCUGUUGGUCAAGGCGUGCCACGUCAUCACCGAGGUGAAAUCUGGAAAUUCCUAGCAGAGCAAUACCACCUGAGACAUCAGUUUCCCAGCAAGCAGCAGCCAAAGGAUACGCCAUACAAAGAACUCUUAAAACAGCUCACCUCACAGCAGCAUGCGAUUCUCAUUGACCUCGGGCGAACGUUCCCGACGCAUCCGUACUUCUCUGCCCAGCUGGGUGCAGGGCAGCUAUCCCUGUACAACAUUCUGAAGGCCUACUCACUGCUAGACCAGGAAGUGGGGUACUGCCAAGGUCUCAGCUUUGUGGCAGGCGUUUUGCUGCUUCACAUGAGUGAGGAGGAGGCCUUUAAAAUGCUCAAGUUUCUUAUGUUUGACAUGGGACUGCGGAAACAGUAUCGGCCGGACAUGAUUAUUUUACAGAUCCAGAUGUACCAGCUCUCCAGGCUGCUUCACGAUUACCACAGAGACCUCUACAAUCAUCUGGAAGAGCAGGAGAUUGGCCCCAGCCUCUAUGCCGCCCCCUGGUUUCUUACCAUGUUUGCUUCCCAGUUCCCACUGGGAUUUGUAGCCAGAGUCUUUGAUAUGCUCUUCCUUCAGGGAUCAGAAGUCAUAUUUAAAGUGGCGUUAAGUCUGUUGGGAAGCCAUAAGCCCUUGAUUCUGCAACAUGAAAACCUAGAGACCAUAGUGGACUUUAUCAAAAAUACACUACCGAACCUAGGCUUGGUACAAAUGGAAAAGACCAUCAAUCAGGUAUUUGAGAUGGACAUUUCUAAACAGUUACAAGCUUAUGAAGUUGAGUACCAUGUCCUUCAAGAAGAGCUUAUUGAUUCUUCUCCUCUUAGUGACAACCAAAGAAUGGAUAAAUUGGAGAAAGCCAACAGCAGCUUACGCAAACAGAACCUUGACCUCCUGGAACAAUUGCAGGUGGCAAAUGGUAGGAUCCAAAGCCUUGAAGACACCAUUGAGAAGCUUCUGACCAGCGAGAGCAAGCUGAAGCAGGCGAGCUUGGCAUUAGAACUGGAGAGGUCUGCUCUGCUGCAGACGGUGGAGGAAUUGCAGAGGCAGGCAAUGCAGCUGAGCAGCACAGAGUCGUGCCCCACUCAGCCCCAGCCUGCCGGGGACUGA